AGAAACAUCUACAGAACCAUACACCACACCAGAAGGAUCUGGAGAACCUAAUACAUCACAUAUAACAACAGAAGCAUACACAGAAUUACACACUACACGUGAAGGAUCUGAAGUAACCGUUACAUGGCCACAAUCAUCAACAGAACAUACAUACAUCACAUCAUCCACCUUCAAAACUACUGCUACCAAACCUUCUCCUACCUCCAAGUCUACUGGAAAACCUGUACCACCACCUUUUCAGUGUUAUAAUGGAGGUACCUAUGAUUCCAAUAAAUGUCUUUGCCAUGAUGACUUUUAUGGACCUUUGUGUGAGUUCAUCAUUGACAGAGCUCCAGUUAGUGGUAGAAAGGUUAAUACCACAGUGAAAGUGGAGAUAAAAAUCACUAAUAAGGAGUAUAACGAAAGCCUCAAAGAUACAACAUCUGACUAUUAUAAGCAUUUUGAAAAUAAUUUUAAAUCAGAGAUGAAGAUGGUUUAUGGCGAAAUCACAGGGUAUCAGGAUGUAGAAAUCAAGUCUGUGAGGAAAGGAAGUAUCAUUGUGAAUCACAGCGUAAUUGUCGAGGCUGAAUAUACAGAAACUGUGACGGUUACCGAGCAGUAUAACGACAUAGUUAGCAAUGUGGAAACACAUCUGGAAGAACUCAUAAAGGCAAAUUGCACGAAUGGAAACGGAAGUACUGCAUUGUGUAUUGAUUCCAACGUCAAAAUAACAGACGAUCCUCCAAAAACUAAAGAAGAACUCUGUUUUGACAGGUUUGAACCUGGUUUUAGAGAAUUUUACACGCCAUUGGUAACUGCCGAAGGAGUGAUCUGUUUAUCGGAUUGCGAUCCGCAAUCAGGAAGGUAUUUGAGCUGCAACGGGGGCGCCUGCAUGUUACAAAACGGCACAGGACCACAAUGCCUUUGCCCGAAUUCGGAAAAAUAUAUAUACACUGGUCCCCGGUGUCAAGGGAAGAUAUUAAAGUCACAACUAUAUGGCGGAGUGGGAGCGGCCAUCGCAGUCCUGGUAGUGAUUAUCCUCGUUAUUGGAUUCCUGAUGUUCAGAAGAAAAAAAGACAAGAAGCUUGAUGCCUUCACCAAAGACCAGGAAGAUGUGUGGUAUGACGAUAACAACAGUGAAUGGAGUGUUGAAUGUGGCUUCACCAACUUGAGUGAAACAAAAGAAGAUGACGAGGGAGAUUCCUCCAAAAGUGGUUCAUUUCCCAGCAAACAAACAUUCAAGCCAGCCCUGGAAAAUGUGGACACAUCUAUCAAGGUAAAGAUUCAGAGACCGGAGAUCUCCAUCAAAUGAUGAGGACAUCACGUUCUCUCUUCCUCUCCCAUUACCUCUUCUGCAAGGCUACUACUCAGACGUGGGACCACCUAAUUAUAUGAUGCUUCUAGUGGACUCGCCCAAUAGUGAUGAUGACGAGAAGAACUGUCUAUCAGGUUAAAAGACUAGUUUGUGGAAUAACAGACCAAGACACUCGUUUUAUUUGAAUGCAAAGAACACAUGCUAAUAAAAAAUGUUGAAUUAAACCUUAUACAGAAAAUAAAGGAAGAGUUUGGAAAUUAACCUAAAAAUAUAAAGCAUACACUAUACCAGCCCAGUCUGAAACCCCCAACCUGAGUUGCCCUGCCUUGGAUCCGGCCUCCAUUCCCCCCUUGCAGUUGCCACUUUAUUCCCACUUAUUUAUAACCUUUUGUAAUUUAAUAAGUAUAUCAUUUAGUUUGAUUUAAACAAGAUUUUUUGUAUUAAAAUAUAUUUUAUUAAAAUGGUGUUCGUUUUGUGAGAUACUGUACACUGGGGGUGUAUAGAUAUUUUACCGUAAAAUAAAAAAAGCCUGUUUUGUAA